AUAUUCAAAAACACAAUAUAUUCCACAAAAUAUAUGUUUUUUCGUGGCCACAACUCCAGCACUUAAUCGAUAACCAUUCGAUUAAAGCUAUGUUAUCUGUGCAUCAAACAUAAGCAUCAGCUGUUGCCAGCGCCAAAAAAUUGGAAGUUUGUUCUCCCUGUUAAAUUACAAAUUAUACGCAAAACACAUCUGUAAACAUGACAGCCGGUGAUAUUCUGGACUAUAUAACACUUGGUAAUCCUGUCAGCAAAGGAAUUAUUGCGUCAUCAGGUGCAAUAAUGCGUGCGAUUGGCUUGCGCCCCAAGAAUUCGCAAAUAAGGGAUGGAGGACCAAGUAUGCAGUCAAUCAACGUAUCUGAGGAGCUAUCACGUGUCGGAUUGUAUAGGAUCGUUGGUCGGCAUUAUAAUUUUGUGCGGCUUGCCGGUUUGGGCGGUGCAUCGGCCAUUUUUAUGGGUGCCUAUUGCAAAUACUAUUUGAAGGACGUGCGCGAUCCUAAGGAGCAGGUGGAGUCACAGUCAUUUGCUGACAUAGCCAAUCGCAUUCACUUUUUACAUUCAUUUGCGCUUAUGGCCAUGCCACUGGCACACUACCCCGUUUUUACUGGCAUUAUGAUGACCAUGGGCACCUUGCUAUUCUCUGGUUGCAUGUAUUAUCGCGCUCUGACCGGCAGUAAGAAACUACAGCACUAUACCACAAUUGGUGGCUUUUGUUUGAUUGGUGCUUGGCUAUCACUGGUGGUCUAGAUGGGAUUUUUAGUCUGUUUUCACAAUGCGUAGAAUACAUUUAUAUGUAUAUAUAUAUAUAACUUAUGUUUAAAACCAACUAAAGCUAAAGCUA